AUGGCACCAGCAAUUGUGUCAGAAGAUAGGCUAACGUCGGGUCACCGGCUAUCGCAUCCUGCGCCUGGAGACGAGGUUCAAAUCACUGGCAUUUCCGGCUACUUCCCUGAUUCGGACUCUGUUAUACAUUUACAAGAAAAUCUGUUUAAUAAGGUGGAUCUAAUAUCAGGAGACAGUCGUCGUUGGAAGUUGGCUCAUCCUGAGAUCCCGCAGCGUACUGGAAAGAUCAACAAUGUCAACAGAUUUGACGCUUCGUUCUUCGGUGUGCACUUCAAGCAGGCACACACCAUGGACCCCAUGUGCAGGAUCCUUUUGGAAAAAGCAUAUGAAGCUGUUAUUGAUGCGGGUUUAAAUCCGAAGGAAUUACGUGGAACCAAAACCGGUGUGUUCGUCGGAGCUUGCUUCUCGGAAUCAGAGAAAACAUGGUUCUACGAAAAAAUGCAGGUCAACGGUUUUGGUGUAACGGGUUGCUCCCGAGCUAUGUUAGCUAACCGUAUCUCUUACUGGCUUGGAGUUACCGGUCCUUCUUAUACGGUGGAUUCAGCUUGCUCCAGCUCUUUGUACGCCUUGGAGCACGCGUUCAGGGCAAUACGUGAUGGUCAUUGCGAUAUGGCUAUUGUGGGGGGAUCUAACUUGUGUCUCCAUCCCUACGUAUCUUUACAGUUCUCUAGGUUGGGUGUGUUAUCAGCUGAUGGAAGAUGCAAGAGUUUCGAUAACAGUGCGAAUGGAUACGCUCGUUCUGAGGCUAUUGUAGUUUGCCUCCUGCAAAAGGCUAAGGAUUCUAGGAGGGUUUACGCUCAAGUACUCCACGCCAAAACCAAUUGUGACGGGUAUAAGGAACAAGGUAUCACAUACCCAGCUGGUAACAUUCAGAAGAUGUUACUUAGCGAAUUUUACGAGGAGUGUUCCAUUCCACCCAGCUCUCUCGAGUUUGUUGAAGCUCACGGUACAGGUACAAAAGUAGGUGAUCCAGAAGAACUUAAAGCUAUUGAUGAAAUCUUCUGCACCGGGAGAUCAGAGCCUCUGUUGAUAGGAUCAAUUAAAUCUAAUUUAGGACACAGCGAACCGGCCUCGGGUCUCUGUUCUAUUGCGAAGAUGUGUAUUGCGUAUACAACUGGUUACAUUCCUCCUAAUCUACACUACAAAGUACCAAGAGAAGGUGUUGCAGCCCUUGCGGAGGGUAGGCUUAGCGUUGUGACUGAAAAGCACCCUUGGAACAGGGGAAUGUCCGGUAUUAACAGCUUUGGUUUUGGUGGUGCCAACGCCCACACCCUACUGAAAAAUGUGGCAAAACCUAAGGUUAAUAAUGGUAUACCAUCAGAUGACUUACCUCGACUAGCUUGUGUAUCAGGUCGAACUGAAUCAGCGGUUACUAAGAUUUUAAAUGACCUAGAGUCUAGGACUGUUGAUGCUGAACUCAUCAGACUCUUGCAUGCAAUUCACGACGAUGACAUUACAGGCCAUGUUGUUAGGGGAUACACAUUACUUGGAUCUACACCAACCAAGAGCGUGCGACUAUCUCGCAGCAUGCAAUAUUUCUCUGGCGUUCGUCGCCCUGUAUGGUUCGUGUAUUCUGGUAUGGGUUCUCAAUGGGCUGGAAUGGCUACACAGCUUAUGAGGAUCCCCAUAUUUGCUGCUGCUAUUCAAAAAUGCCACAAGGUCUUGGAACCUAAGGGUAUUAAUUUGACCAAGAUCAUAACAGAGCCAGACCCCAAGAUAUAUGAUAAUAUCCUUAACUCCUUCAUUGGUAUCGCCGCUGUUCAGAUCGGUCUCACGGAUGUCUUAAAGGCUGUUGGUAUUGAGCCUGACUUCAUUAUUGGUCACAGUGUAGGUGAGUUAGGCUGCGCAUACGCAGAUGGCUGCUUUACAGCUGAACAGAUGAUCUUGUCUGCAUACAGUCGAGGUUUGGCAUCCAUUGAAACACCAUUCAUCAAGGGAUCUAUGGCAGCCGUUGGUCUUGGAUAUAGUGAGAUCAAGACCCUAAUUCCCCCUGAAAUCGAAGUUGCGUGUCACAAUGGGCCUGACUCGAGUACGAUCUCUGGACCAGCGGACAAGAUGAAAAUGUUUGUUGCCAAACUAGUAGCGCAAGGAAUCUUUGCAAAGGAAGUGCCUUGCUCCAACAUUGCUUACCACUCGCGGUAUAUUGCCGAGGCUGGUCCGAAACUAUUAAAAUAUCUAAAGCAAGUGAUUCCAACGCCAAAGGCGCGUUCCGAGCGCUGGCUCUCCACUUCCGUCCCACAAGCCUUAUGGAAAGAUGCAAAGGCUGAGUUCUCCUCAGCUGAAUAUCACACCAAUAAUCUUUUGAGUCCUGUCCUCUUCGAAGAGACGGCUCGUCUGAUUCCUGCAAAUGCGAUUACUAUUGAAAUAGCACCUCAUGGUCUCUUACAAGCGAUUUUACGUCGUUCGCUCAAGAAGGAUGUCAUCAACAUUCCUCUAACUGAAAGGAAACACCAAGAUAACGUCCAGGUCCUCUUCACGGCUCUUGGCAGGUUGUAUGAAGCCGGAUUAAACCCACACCUCGCCAACGUCUACCCAACCGUUCAGUUCCCUGUAUCGCAAGGAACACCCAUGUUAUCACACCUUGUUGAAUGGGAACACAGCGAAGAUUGGUAUGUAACAUCAUACAGAGCUCAAGAAAAGAUGAAGUCGGGUGAGAGGUCAGUGAAAAUGUCCAUUGCUGAUGAAGACAGUGAAUUUUUGGUUGGUCACGUUGUCGAUGGUCGUAACCUGUACCCUGCCACUGGCUACCUAGUUAUGGUAUGGGAGACUUUGGGUAUGAUGAUGGGAGAGCUGUACACUGAAGUUUCUGUGGUAUUUGAGGACGUUCGUUUCCAGAGAGCCACUAAUAUUCCCAAAGAUGGAAACUUGGAAUUCAUCAUAAUGAUCCAGAAAGGCAGUGGGCAGUUUGAAAUCGUUGAAAGUGGAACAUCUAUUGUUACUGGGCGUAUCACCGCGAAGAAGAACAUUGGUCAAGACUAUCGAGUACUUAAAGCAGAGCCAGAAGCUACUGGACCCAACAUUAAACACAUGCUUACAAAGGACUUCUAUAAGGAGCUACGUCUUAGAGGCUACCAGUAUAGUGGCCUCUUCCGAGGCAUAAUAGGAUGUAAUAUCGAAGGCACCCGCGGCCGCUUGGCCUGGGUCAACAACUGGGUCACCUUCAUGGACUGCAUGCUACAGAUGAAGAUCAUCGGCCAGGACACCCGUGGACUGUUCGUACCUACCAGGAUUGAGAAGCUCAGCAUCGACGCAAACAUGCACUACGACGCUAUUUCCAAAAUGAACCCGGAUUCAACGAAGCAGUCCUUCGAGAUUAGAGUUUAUCCUCAUGUUGAUGUGAUCAGAGCCGGUGGUGUAGAGAUUCGAGGACUGCAUGCGACUCCGAUAUCAAAGAGGAUUCCACUUGGUGUUCCAGUGUUGGAAAAGAACGUAUUUAUACCACACUUCGGAAAGUCUGAGAUGAAGAUUGAGGAUAUUUUGAGAAGCAACAUACAACUGGUUCUUGAAAACGUACAAACUUACAAAGUUAAAAGUAUAGAAGUUGUUGACGAAGAAUACAAAAAUAAUGGAAUCGAGCCCAUAAUAGAAGCAGUAGCAGACGUGCUAGGUGAUCUACCGCUGGUGCAAGCUGAGCUAUCAGUUUUUUCAGAGAAUUCUAUUGAAUUGCCUUCAAAUAUAACUGUUGAAAGCAAAAAAUUGACAACUGAUGCCAACGCUCUCCUGAUCAUUGGGGCAAAUCUGCUACAGAGGCCUGAAGUACUUAAAUUAUCUAUAUCGGCGCUUCGUAACAAAGGAUUCAUUAUAAGUCGUGAAAAGGAACGAAUCAAUCCAAAAGAUUUCUCUAACAAAUAUGAUAUAAUCAGUAUUCAAAACACUGGUACUGAGUACAUUGUACUCUUCCGUAGUAGAGUUGGUUCUAAGCCAGCUAAGUUUGUCGAAGUCGUCACAGCUGAUGAUACAUACGCUUGGAUAGACAAAGUCAAAGAAGAACUUAAAGUUGGACAAAAGUUGGUUAUUUACAGUCAAAAUGAACCUCUAAAUGGAUUAUUAGGUUUGAUAAACUGCCUCAGACGGGAACCUGGUGGUGAAAUUGUUCACGGUCUGUUAAUAGCAGAUCCUUCUGCACCACCAUUCAAUCCUGAUUUGGAAUUUUAUGAAGAGCAAUUAGACAUGGAUCUUGCUCUCAAUGUUUACCAGGAAGGUCAAUGGGGCACGUACCGUCACUUAUUGUUGGGUGACCUUGAGAAAAUAAAAGCACACCACGCCUUCGUAAACACCGUGACUAUUGGAGACUUGUCAUCACUACGUUGGUUAGAAGGACCUAUAAGAGAAAACACAGUUUUUAAGAACAAACUCAGUGUUCUAAUUCAUGUGUACUGUUCAGCGUUGAACUUCCGUGAUGUUAUGACAGCGAUGGGAAGAGUUACGGUAGAUGCGGUAGCACGAGGUCGGCUCGCGCAAGAGUGCGUGCAGGGCUUUGAGCUUGUUGGCAGCACUAACAACGGUACCCGAGUAAUGGCUAUGAUUAGGAAUGGUGCUAUGGCAAAUAUAGUUGAAGGUGAUCGCGCUCUCAUGUGGAGCAUUCCUGAUGAAUGGACUUUCGAGGAAGCCGCUACCGUACCUGUGGCUUAUGGAACUGUUUAUUAUGCUUUGGUGAUGGUAGGUCAUAUGGAAAAAGGAGAAUCUGUCUUAAUCCACGCUGGUUCCGGUGGUGUCGGUCAAGCCGCUAUUAACGUCGCGCUCCACUAUGGUUGCGAAGUCUUCACCACAGUUGGUACUCCGGAGAAACGGGCCUUCAUCAAGAAGUUGUUCCCUCAGCUUAAAGACAGCCACAUUGGUAAUUCUCGUGACACAUCUUUCGAAGACAUGGUCAAGAGAGAAACGAAAGGAAAAGGCGUGGAUUUGGUACUCAACUCUCUUUCAGACGAUAAAUUACAGGCCUCAAUACGCUGUCUCGGAUACCGCGGCCGUUUCCUCGAGAUUGGCAAGUUUGACAUCACCAACAACACGCCUAUUGGCAUGAACUUCUUCUUGAAAGAAACCUCCUUCCACGGAAUCAUGUUGGAUUAUGUCUUCGAUCAGCCUUUCGAAUUCAGACAGAAUCUUCACGAUUUGCUGUUAUCUGGUAUCGAAAAUGGCGCCGUCCGUCCCCUUACAUACUGCACUUUCGGAAAGGAUCAAAUAGAGACUGCAUUCAGAUACAUGGCCGCUGGAAAACAUAUUGGAAAAGUGAUAAUAAAAAUUCGCGAUGAAGAACGAAAUGUCCGUCGUGCACCAGAAAAACUGUACUUAGAUGCUCUUCCUAGAUACAUGUGUGACGAAAAUCUCUCGUAUGUCGUGGUUGGAGGUCUUGGAGGCUUUGGGUUGGAACUUGCUGAUUGGCUCAUUAUGAGAGGAGCCAGGAAAGUGCUUCUUACUUCUAGGAGAGGAAUCAGUAACGGGUAUCAAUCAUCGCGGUUGAGAGCAUGGGCGGGCUACGGAGCCGAUGUUCAAAUUUCAACUCACGAUAUCACAACAGAGAAGGGUUGUGAAGAAAUGUUAAAGAUGGCGAACGCUAUGGGAACCGUCGAGGCUAUAUUCAACUUGGCUGUGAUAUUAAAGGAUAGCAUCUUCCAGAACCAAACCCCAGAAACGUUUAAAAUAUCGUACGCGCCAAAGGCAAUGGCAACAAUGAAUCUGGAUAAAUUGUCAAGAAAAUUGUGCCCACAAUUGAAGGACUUCGUAAUAUUUUCGUCUGUGUCUUGCGGUCGUGGUAAUGCUGGUCAGACUAACUACGGUUUCUCCAACUCCGUGAUGGAGAGGAUUUGCGAGUUGAGGAAGAAGGCCGGUCUGCCCGCGCUCGCUGUACAGUGGGGUGCUGUUGGAGACGUGGGUCUUGUGGCCGAUAUGCAAGAUGAAGAUGUCCAACUGGAAAUUGGUGGAACUCUUCAACAGAGGAUUUCUUCCUGUCUUUUGUCUCUCGACAAGUUCUUGAAGCAGGAUGCAGUGAUAGUUUCUUCAAUUGUAGUAGCAGAAAAGAAGGCUGGAGGCUCUGGAUGUGGCAACAUUGUAGAUGCUGUUGCACAAAUCAUGGGUAUUAAGGAUCUAAAGACAGUAUCCCAACAAGUGACUCUCGCGGAACUCGGUAUGGACAGUAUGAUGGCUGUCGAGAUCAAACAGACCCUUGAAAGAGAAUUUGAGGUAUUCUUGACAGCACAAGAUAUCAGAACGUUGACAUUUGCAAGAUUGGUUGAAAUAGCAGCUCAAAAAGAAGCAGAAGCAUCAACUUCGAUAGCGGCUCGCGUAGUCGUGCCAGAAGAUGCAGCUGGUGUACGUGUCCUUAUUAGAAAUUUCGGUGACGAGAAAUCGGCUACUGAACCCUUCAUGUAUGUGCCGACUAUGAUCAGCGAUGGAUCAGAAACUGACGUAUCGGUCCAUGAAAAUGAAAUCCUUAUGUUCGUGCUGCCCGGUCUCGAAGGAUGUGCUUCGGGAAUGGCGUCCUUGUGUCGUAGGCUAAAAAUUAAGAUUUGUGUGCUGCAGUACGGUUUUGAAGAAAAGUCUGAUACCUUAGAUGAUCUGGUCAAUAGGUUACAUAAGACUAUCAAAUCGAGGUUGAGUCCAGGUAGUCCAUACGUACUUCUUGGCUAUAGUUUUGGUACAUUACCCAUGUUGAAAUUGGCAGAAAUUUUGGAAAGUGAAGGUCACGAGGGCUCUCUGUUUGCUAUUGAUGGCAGUCCUGACUUCCUUUAUGGAAUGGUUAGCUUAACUAUGUCUUUUAAAAAUGACAGUGAUCUACAGAACAGUUUGAUCUCUCACGUGAUCGAUAUUGUAGCUCCGAAUAAUGACGUCACUGCUACUCUCGUAGAAGAGCUUAAAGAAAUUGAUUCAUACGAUGACAAAAUUCAAUACGCUAUCAAAGUAUGUCCUGCUCAGCAACUAUACUCAAAUAAAUUCAUAGAAUCAAUAGCGAAAGCUGCAUUUGACCGUCUAAAAAUUAUCACAAAUAUCAAUGGAUUGAACAAAGUCAAAGCGCCAAUAGAACUACUGCGUCCAAAAGAAACUCCACCAUUUUUGGUAAUUGAAGAUAACUAUGGUCUCGACAAAUUCACGGAAAGCCCCGUGAUCGUUCAUUUUGUAGAAGGAAACCACGUCAGCAUAAUUGAGAAUAAGGAUUGCGCUAAUAUUAUCAAUAGGUCUAUUCAGUCACAAAUUGGAAUAAAGAUUGGUCAGAAAUUUAUUGCAGGAAUUGAAAAACAGAAGACGGUAGAAGUUUAAUUAAAAAAAAUUGAAAUAAUAUGCGUAUGUUACUUCAGUUUACUGUAUAAGAAAAUUGUCUCAUUUAUGGGAUUUUUGGUAGAAUAAGUUUCUAAGUAUUUAUUGUUAUAGUUUCAUAAUUGUUCUAUCUUAGCGGUUAAUUUUUAUCGUAAAUUAAUUUUAAACUUAAGGUAAAAUACCAGUACCGAAUAAAAUAUUCAUUAGUUAUAUUCAUUUCUUUAUAUGCGUCUGCAUUUUGGUGUACAUUAAUAAUAAAUAAAUAAAUAAAAUAUUAUUUUUUAAUAAAUUUAAAUAUAAAUUGAUUUCUAAUAAUUUAUUCGAAGGUUUUGUAAUAGUUUAAUUUGUUUGAUUCUUAUUUUUUGGGUACUUAUGAAAUGGUUUUACAAAAUAAACUUAUUUUUAUAA